UGGAUGAGAAUUGCUAUUGUCAGCAUGAACAGAGUUGAAUGGCAACUUAGGAGCAGAGUCUGGAGGGACUUCAGUUGACCAGCGAUCAGAUUUGUUUGACCAGAACGAUAGGAUUGUCUGCAGAAUGCUCUUCGGGUUAUGACGGAGCCUAACAUCGACGGUGCGGAUUUGAUCUCACGGAUCAGAUGAUUAAUUCUUGCGUAUAAAAAUUAGAGAGUAAAUAUAAAAAAUAGAAAAAAAAAACCAAUAAAAAUAAAACAAACGGAAAAGGGAAAGGCGAGAGCGCGUCGUGAGUCGUUGAGGCCGUUUCCGUACAGACACAUCUUCCUCCCCUCGCCUCACCUCUCUCGUACAACCGGCCAUUGCCCAGGCGCGAUUCAUGGAUCGAGACGCCGAGAAGAGAGACAGAGAGGAGCCCAGGGAGGGAGGGCCCAUCGCGGUAGCAGCGGCGGAGCUGGCGAAGAAGAAGGGGAAGCGGGGCGAGACGGGGGAGAGCCGCCGCAUGGACGUGUCCCGCCCGCCGGGGCUUUUCGAGUUCCCGUGGCAGAAGGGGGAGCGCCUGAUGGUGCCGGAGCCCCCCGACGAGUGGGACCUCCGCGACGUCUUCUUCUCCUCCCUCGUUGACGGCUGCUCUGCCGCCAUCGGGGUCCCCGGCGACCGGCUCUACCCCGCCGCCCCGGAGCCCUUCUGCCUCCCCGAGGAUCCGUCCGACGGGGAUCCCGACGGCGGCGCGGAGUGCUUCUGGAGCUCCGUCCUCCGCCCUCCGCCAGCCGCUCUCCGCCGUGUACAGCAAGAGCUGCAAUGCAUGAAGAAAGAAGGAAUCAUCACAGGUUCUUCUUCUUGCUUGAACUCCACACAUUACCCGUAAUGAUAACAGUAUGAACAAUAGAGGGAUUAGGAAUGUUUAGGAUGUUGCUAUCCUGCCAUGUCUGCACAUAUCUCGUCAUUUAGAGAUUUAUGUCAUACACUACAGAAUGGUGUCUUAGAGGAAGUGAAUGAUGUGAAAGUAUUCUGCGUGCAUUGGGAAUCAUUCUUUUUUCUGAAAGUUGUAACUUGGAAGUUUGGUUU